AUGGUACUGAAAUCGUCAAAAUGGCAGAUCAUGGUACUUAUUAUGUGCUCCUCAGUAACAAGUACUACUAUGAGUUACGAUGGUAGUCUCCUGAACGGUCUUAAUAUCCUGCCAUCCUAUCAGCAUUAUUUUGCCUUCAACCCUUCUAGCGCUGCCUUAUACACGGCCUCCACUUGGAUUGGAACUCUUAUUGCGAGUAUUUUCUGCGCAAAGAUUUCGAAUCAUGUUGGCCGCAAGAGGGCGUUGCUCUACGGCUCCCUUCUUGCUGUUAUUUCUGUGAUCAUUCAAACCGCCUCGCAAAAUGUUGCCAUGUAUGUGACUUCCAGGAUUGUGCUUGGGAUUAGUGCCGGUACACAAUCAAUCGCUUGGCCGGUGGAAAUCAAGGGAAAGACGUUGGAAGAAAUUGGCGAAAUUUUGAAUGGGACUUCACUGAGUGGCGAGUUGGACAAACUGCAAAACAGUGAAAAGGGCCUCGAUCGAAAGACCUCAUUAAGUUAA